CGGUCGUCCUUCCAUCUAGCAGUUUUGGAGUCAAUCUACAUAAAAACGAAAAAGCCGCCAUUGUGUAGACAAAAGGAGUUCGUGUUCUCUCUUGGACUCCAUUGGUAAUUUUUCUUUAGGCUCGCGGCACUGAUUGGUCAACUAUACCGGUCUUGUGCUUGCGUUUUUCUGAUUGGCCUAUUUCGAUCCACAACUGGGUAUAUAUUUUUCAAACGUGUUUUUUUCGGAACCUAUUCUGACGUUUUAUGCUCUGAGGAGUGUCAGACGAAAAAGCUUUAAGUAUGUUGUAAAAUGUUUGCUUUUUUCAAAGCCAUUUUCAAAUUCUGUACCGCAAAAAAAUUGUAAACAAAGAGUUAUUAUUUUGUUUUCUUUUUGGAAGAUCAUUCGCAAUGUCUGAAAAGUCAACUAUCUAUUGGGGAAUGAAUAAGUAAAUGUUGCAUCUCUGAUGAUAGAAUUCACUCACCUUUUAACAAUUCAAGACGGUUAUGAAGAUAGUAAUUCCGAAUCGUGCAGGUCCACAUCGGCACUGUUUGCCGCCCAACUUUUAAACCUACUUUAACAAAUAAACAAUGUAUGUAUGAAUCUCUUUUGAAGUGAGCUCUUUGAUGAAAUUUGCCUGUAAUUGUCUGUUAUAAGGGGGACGUAGGGCCAUUACACUACAUUUUUCAUCAAACAAAUUGCAAUAAAUGAAAAUCGAAAUUUCCAAUGUCAUGGCCCUUCUCUGUUCACAUAGAUUACAUAUGCUGUUAUUGAAUAGUUUGUAAAGCUUUAUAUUCGAUACGAUUUGACUAAGAAGAAUGUAUCUUGAUUAAGGGAACCAAGUCCAAGCUGUCCUUGAGAGUUGCGGGGAUGGUUCGUGUCCUUGAGUGUUGUCCUAUCUGUAAGAUUUUCCUUUAAAGGGGAAGGGGAUCUAGUGCUAUAAGUAUUGUCAAAGCCUGUUGUUGCGAUGCAUUGCAUCUUGGAUAAGGCUGAAUUUUCAGGGAUUAUCUUAGGUAAUUUUCAUCGCUGCACAUUUUCAAAAUUUUUGUUCAAACAAGUUUUUAAAGAACAAAGAUCUUGAAAGGAAAAUGAAGAACAAAGAAAAUUAGAUAGCUUCUAGAUACCGCUAUCGAUAAAAUUUUAGAGACAUUUCAUAGAUUAUGAUCACCGUUACUGUUAUGUUCUCAUUUUUAAUAUUGUAGUGCUGUUUUAUAAGCUACAUGUUUCUACUGGGAGUUGCUGCAAUUUUACAUUUUCACCACCUUUUAUCACUGCACAAAAUUUAAAUUUAUCACUGCACAAUUACGAUUUAUCUCUGCACAUAAUUGUUAUCACUGCAUGUUAAAAUAAACCCUGAAAAUUAUAGAGACAAUCCUACCAGAGCCAUGCAUGCUUCUUCCCUGUAAAUAAUACCACAGGAUAUAUGAUACAGACAGCUAUUUCGUACCAAGUUACAUAUUACAAAACAGUUCUGUUAUACAAUAACAGGUAAUUCGGUCCUGAUCGUUGCAGUCUUCUACGAUGUUCAAUUGACGUUCUGUUAGCGUUGCGAUUUCUGUUAAGAACUUUUAAGGUUUUAGCAUCUCAUUCUAAAUUAAUUGAUUUGCAGGAAGUACGUCAUACCAUUUUUCUUUACCAUGGUAUAUGUAGCAAUGCAUGAGUUUUGCGCUUUCAUCGUUGUCAUUCAUAUGAAACUUUAAAGAGGAAUGUAUGCUGAGGUAAUUAAGUUGAGUCCAAAAAAUUGAACUUGUUUUCGGAAAAAGUAUCUUUUUGAACCUUUAUAGUAGCUUACUUUAAAAGAGAAAUUUCUUUUGUAGCAUCUAACUGGGACUAAGAACUUGACUUAGUUCAAAGAUUUUCCAAACCCAUGUAACAUGCCACCUUUAAAGCAAUACCAGAGCCUUUUUAACUUUCAAGGAAAAUUUAAAGAUUUAAAGAAAAAGGAAAUCGAAGGAAACACGGAGGAGUUCUUUCCUUUGCUGACUAAGCAUGGUAAAAAAGCAGCUGCUUGGGCAAACCAGAAUAUCGAGUUAUAUAAAUGCGGUUUUGCUGGAAUAUCCCUUUUGCAAUAGAAAUCUUCGCUUGGGUUUAAAUCGAUAGAAUUUCUGAAGAUAAGCUGCAUCAAUAAUUGACAUCGUGUAGAUGUUUUACGCGAAAUUGUAACCAAACACUGGCAAAGCGUUAAACGCUCCUAGACAUCUCUCUGCUUCAUCAGAUAAGCAUCAAUCGUAUGAUCAUUAAUUAAAAAGUUUGUUUUUCAGUCAGAAAUCAAUGAGAUUUUGAUAUCUGCUUGCUGACUGUGUCUUUUAGGUGCACAUAAUAGGCUAAAUGUCUAUUCUAUGUGUUUUUUGGAGAUAGGAGAUGCAGUUGCCUGGAAGAUGAGUUAGUGCAUUCAUCUGCCCUCGAGUUCUGCAGAGAUGUCAAGCACUCGCAUUGCUCAGAUUAUCUCAGCAAUCUUCUUUCUCAGUCAGACAGCGUUUGGUCAGAAUCAACGCCCAAUUUUUGAAAAAACAACUUACAUUGCUGAAAUAAAAGAAGAACUGGCGAUAGGUUCUUCAGUGAUUCAAGUUCGUGCGUCAGUCAUCGAUGGCAGUACAACCACGUAUCGGCUUGAUGCUUUGGUCAAAUUGUUCGCUAUUAACCUUGCCACUGGUUGGAUUUCUGUAGCUGGACGACUGGACAGGGAGGUUUCAGAUAAUCAGCGGUUUUAUGCCUUUGCGAAGAACGUCGCAAAUGGUUUAGAGAGUCAAGUUGAGGUUGUAGUUCACCUUUCUGAUGUCAACGACAAUGCACCGCAAAUAGAAAACCUGCCCACUACAAUCAGCUUGAGAGAAAAUGCAGAGCCUGGCUUCACUUUCUUCACUGUUGUUGCGAAAGACAAAGAUGCCUCUCGAAACGCUUUGUUAAGUUAUUCAAUCACUCAUGGGAACCAGGAGAACAGAUUUAAGAUGGAUUCUUAUUCAGGGAAAAUUUCAACAGUGUCACGGCUUGAUUUUGAGUCAACCAAAGACUACAAUAUUUCAAUAACUGUUGAGGACAAUGGACAGAACAUCACCCUUUCCAACUCUUCUGUUCUUCGUAUUUUUGUUCAAGAUCAUGACGACCAGCCUGCUAAAUUCCAACGUGCAAAAUAUUUUGCAACUAUACCAGAAAAUAGUGCGAAGGGUCACCUUGUCACUGUCGUCAAAGCCGUGGAUUUAGACACUGCCAUUAAUGCACCCGUUGAAUAUAGCAUCCACCAAGAAUCGAACCUAGGUUUUGCGUUUAGCAUUGAUAAAUCCUCUGGGGCAAUCAAAGUCAAUAACUCACUUGAUCGUGAAAAUAUUGCGACAUACAAACUGCAAGUUAAGGCCUCCUCAACAAUAUUCAACCCGGAUUAUGCUACAGUAGAAAUCACUGUCGCUGAUACAAAUGACAACCGGCCUAAAUUCUCAAAAGACCGAUACGAUGCUUCGGUGGUGGAGAGUGCGAAGAUUGGAACAACUGUUCUUCGUGUAUCAGCAGAAGACAAAGAUGCGGGAACCAAUGCAGAAUUCAGUUAUGCUAUUGUUGGGGGUGAUGCAAUUUUUGGCGUAUCCUCAGCAGGAGAUAUUUAUGUGGACGGCCUACUGGACAGAGAGAAAACUACGUUACACCAGUUUGUGGUUGUUGCAUUCGAAACAAAAACCACUGAAAAAUACGACAGUAGCACGAGAAUUUACAUUUCUGUUGAAGAUGCGAAUGACAAUCCGCCAGAAUUUCAACAAAAUGUGUACUUGUCACAUGUAAUAGAAAAUGUGCCAGUUGGAGCUUCAGUUAUGCAGAUAACAGCAGCUGACAAGGACAGUGGAAGAAAUGCAGAAGUUGUUUAUAGUCUUCUUGGCAGCGCUGGCUUGAAUUUGCCUUUCAAGAUUGACUCGCAAACUGGGCUUAUAACAACGAUAGCAGAGAUUGACAGAGAGCAAGCUUCCUCCUACAAUAUGACUGUAUUUGCUUCAAACUAUCGAGCUAAUACAAUAUUGUCAUCAAAUGCAACGUUGGUUAUUCUGAUAGACGAUGUGAAUGACAACCUGCCGAUUUUUCCUUUGUCGCAGUACAGUUUUCAAGUUUCGGAAAAUAACCCUGCCGAUCAUAUUAUUAAUCAGUUUACAGCAUCAGAUGCUGAUAAUGGCAUCAAUGGCACUGUCACAUACGGAAUUGUCUCUGGAGAUGCGUCGAAGUUUUUCAUCGGCAAUCAAAGUGGAGUGCUGAAGGCCAAAGUGUCGCUAGACAGAGAGGAACAAGCUGUUUAUAACCUGAUUAUCGAGGCAAGAGAUGGCUCUGGAAAGAACAGCACAUCAAGUGUGACAGUUGAAGUUCUAGAUGUAAACGACAACAUUCCUCAAUUCUCGUCUUCAAGGGGCUAUGGAUUCUUCAUUAUCGAAGGAGAAGUGGAUGCAUUUGUUGGCCAAAUUAAGGCAAGUGACAAAGACGCUGCUAAAAACGCCAACGUUACCUACAUGUUAACUGAAGGUGGAGAACAUUUUUCUAUUGAUUCAAUAACUGGUAUAAUAAGGAACAAAGUUGCUUUCGAUUAUGAAAGUAGAAUUUCCUACACUGCCGUUGCCAAGGCCACAGAUAAUGGCUCUCCAGCACUCCAGUCAUCUGUAAAUAUCAAAGUGACAGUUCUGGACGUAAAUGACAAUAAGCCGACUUUUGAACGUCGAUUGUACCUCUUCAAUGUCACAGAGAACUCACCAGCUGCUGUAAUUGGCAUCGUGAAUGCUAGUGACAGAGACAGUGGACUGAAUGCUUUCUUGAGAUACAGGAUCGUUUCAGGCAACAAAAAUGAUGAUUUUUCUCUCAACUCUUCCUCUGGUUUUUUGUCAACGAGGAAAAGCCUCGAUCGCGAAGUUGCGGAAUUGCACAUACUGAUCGUGAGCGUAACAGACACUGAAAACCAACAAAGUAUCCGUGAAGACCUUGCAGCAAUUCAAAUCAAAGUUUUUGAUCAAAAUGACAAUUCGCCCAUCUUUGAAAAAAGUUCGAUCUCGAUAACCAUUGGCGAGGAUACCCCAGCAGGCAGCGUGGUUGCCAGCUUUAGAGCGACCGACAAAGAUGUCGGACGGAACCAGCUGAUCCGGUACAAAAUAACACAGGGAAACACAAAUAAUAGAUUUUCUAUUGAUGUCAACAGCGGAGCAGUCUUCGUUCUUAGCAAUAUUGAUAGAGACCCGCCAAACAAUGAGCACUCAUUUACUCUUUUUAUCAGUGCAAGUGACAUGGGAAUUCCUCCGCGUAGUGCAUUAGCUAAGUUGCAUGUUUCUGUAAAAGACGCAAAUGACAACAAGCCAACAUUUCACCCAGAUGCGAUUGAGGUAUCCCUAGAAGAAAAUAAACCACUUGGAACUAAAGUUGUUACUUUAAACUGCACAGACAAAGAUAGUGAAAGCAACGGUCGGAUCAGUUUCCGCCUCGUCAAAGGAUCAAACAUGGGUUUUAGCGUGGACCCUUUGACUGGCAGCAUAACGACUACAAAAACAUUUGAUUACGAUACUGGAGUCAGAAGCUACCCUCUUGAAAUUGAAGCGAGUGAUUUUGGAGCUACACAGCUGAAAAGCUCAUCUAAAGUUCUUGUUAAGAUUAUGAAUGUCAAUGACAACUCACCUCAGUUCACUGCAACAGGUCCAUUUAGUUUGAACGAGGGAAAUUACACUGGCAGAAAAUUUCGAGUUGGAAAAAUUGAAGCUUAUGACAGUGACUUAGACACGGCAAGCUCAGUUUAUGGUCUUACGUCAUAUCAAUUUGUCAACAUGUCAAGCUACUAUUUCAACUACUUGUGGUUAUUUGAUGCUCUUUCUACUGAAAACUCGGUUAAUGACGUGAAAAUGAAUCUCACGGCUGUGCUUCAUGGUGCAAGACUGUUCACAGAGGCAGGGAUGGGCAAUGUUGUUAAACUUUCUGGCUCUCCAAACUACAUUGUUGCAGGCGAUUUCAAAGGUGACUGUAUAAGCAACCCGACUCUCUGCACCUCUGGCCUCUCUCUGGCGAUGUGGAUCAAAUUUGAAGCAGGGGGUUAUAUAUUGUCUUCUGGAGCCCAAUCUAACCACGCCACUGGAUUAUCUCUCAACUUUGAAUCUGGCUUCUUUCGGCUGCGACUGGCCACUCAAACUAAAGAGUUUGAAUUAAGGAUUAACUCAGUAUCUGCCAACUGGUACCAUUUUGCCUUCACCUGGGAUGAGAACUCUGGGUUAGCAUAUUAUGAAAAUGGAGCUCUGUUAACAAAGGCAUACACAGUUGCUGACGUAUCAAGAGUUGCCGAUGCCUAUACAAAGCUGAUUAUUGGUCGUCCCAACGACGCUGAUGCCUAUCCGCAGUUGUUUGGGCGAUUCUAUGUAGGCGAGCUGGUAAUAUGGAAAUUAAAACUUGCAGACUACGAGGUCAUGCAUGCAUUCACAAAUUCAGCCAGAAAAUCUGGGAUACUAAUGUCACGUCAAAGGCUAAAUUGGCAAGGUCCGUUUGAAAUUGAUAGCCGAACGGGUGAGAUUUUCGCAACUGGUGUUCUUGAUAGAGAAGCAACAGCUUCGUUCAGCCUUGAUGUGAAAGUGACAGAUGGCGACCCAGCAAAUCAAAAGCAUAACCACACACAAAUAGAUAUUUUGGUUGUUGAUGUCAAUGAUAAUGCACCAACAUUUGGACAAGAUACAAUCACAAUACAAAUACAAGAAAACCUGAAAAUAAAUACGGAGAUCUUUGCAUUUGCAGCACGCGACGAAGAUGCCGGUAACAACGGUUUGCUGUCGUAUUCAAUUGCGUUUGGUAAUACUGCUAACACGUUUGCUGUGAACGCAAAGUCAGGAAAAUUGACAAAUGUUGGGAAGAUUGAUCGAGAAAUGGUUUCUCAUUUCACUCUUCAAGUCGUUGCUGAAGAUGGAGGAACUCCACCGAGAAGAAGUACUGCCUUUCUAAAUAUUCGCGUCAUGGAUGCGAACGAUGAAUUUCCUCAAUUUUCUCAACAGCAAUAUUUAGCUAGCAUCAAAGAAAAUUUGCCUGCAGAUCAAUUUGUAACACAGGUCUUUGCAACCGACAAAGAUCUAGGCGUCAAUGGCACUAUCAGAUACAAUAUGUCCAGCGAAUUUUUCUCAAUUGAUACUACAAAUGGGAAAAUUACCACAAAGUUAUCUUUAGAUCGUGAAAAUGUUUCGAAACAUACUUUGAUUGUUACAGCUUUUGAUGGUGGCAGUCCAGCAAAGAAUUCUGCUGUUCCUGUCAUUAUUGAUGUUGAAGACGAAAACGACAACGCUCCUGCCUUCGAGAAGCCAAAUUAUUAUGCUUUAAUUACAGAGAACAGAAAGGUUGGAUCGUCCUUAAUACAAGUUGUUGCAAAGGAUUCUGACAGUGGACUUAAUGGGGCGAUUCGGUACAGCAUGACUGAUGGACAAGGUAUCUUUGCGAUGAAUCCAAACACUGGUUUAGUGUUGACUGCCGACAUUGUGGACCGGGAAAGAUUCCCUAAUGGCUUCAAUAUCAUUAUCACAUGCUCAGACCAAGGCACGAAGCCACUUGCUGCGUCCGUCAAUUUGUUCGUGAACAUUUCUGAUGCUAAUGACAACUCGCCUGUCUUCAGUAGAUACUCGUAUCGAGGAAAGGUUAUAGAAAAUGCGAUAGGAGCUGUCGCUGUUGCUGUCAAUGCAACGGAUGCAGACACUGGGCCUGCUGGGGAAAUUCUUUAUACUAUAACCGGAGGGAAUUCUGAAGGAGCCUUUGUAAUAGAUGUUGAUGGACGAAUCAAAACAGCAAAACGUCUUGACAGAGAAAGUAAAGCAGUUUAUGAACUGGUUGUGCGAGCCAAAGAUCGUGGGGGUGAGCCAAAGCACGCUGAUGUAGAAGUAGAUAUUGAAGUUCUGGAUGCAAAUGACAACGCACCGAGAAUCGGAGAUCUGCCUAAUAAUAUUUUGAUUAGCGAAGCAACAUUGGUUGGUUCUCAAGUCGUUACAGUGACUGCAACGGAUUUAGACAUUGGUACAAAUAGUUUUUUCUCUUUCAAUGGUAUAUCAGUUGGCUCACAAUUUACAAUUGAUGGAAGAAGUGGGGCAGUGCUCACUGCAGCUUCAUUUGAUUACGAGCUUAUGUCCAGGUACACAUUCAUUGUUUGGGCCACAGACAAUGGAAACCCUAGCCUGAACAGCACGAAAGUCAGUAUCAACUUCACAAUUGUGGACUCCAACGACAACAAUCCAGUAUUCAACCCAGCCGUAUACUUUGCGUCUGUUAAGGAGAAUUCAGUUUCUGGCACUCGCGUUGUAACAGUGAAUGCAUCUGAAAGUGACACCGGCUCAACUGUUAUUUAUUACAUUGCCAAUGGAAAUCUAGGCAACGCAUUUCAAAUUGACAGCCGUGCAGGUGUUAUCAGUGUUCAUGGCAACCUGGAUCGGGAGACAACGUCGAUCUACUAUCUGCUAAUCACUGCUUCGGACAACGGCAUGCCUCCGAGACUUGGACAAGCCUACGUCACUGUUACAAUCACCGAUGAAAACGACCUUCCACCUAAAUUUCAGUUUCUUAAUUACGGAGGAGAGGUCAAGGAGAACAUGCCUAUUGGCACAAAUGUCGUGACCCUUACUGCAACAGAUCCAGAUUUAUCGAACAAAACUAAGCUGCAGUUUCAACUUGUUGACGGCAAUGUCGAAAAUGCGUUUUCGAUCUCGACAUAUAAAAUUGCAAAUGAGUUUAGGGCGGUUAUAACAACAGCUGGAAAAAUUGACCGGGAGACCACUUCGCUGUAUCGACUAAUGGUCAAAGUUUCUGAUGGGUUCUUUUCUGACUUCGUUAAUGUCACAAUCAAAGUGAUCGACGAAAAUGACAACUUCCCAGUUUUUAAUUCAAGCAUUUACCAAGCAACGGCAUUCGAGAAUGAAGAGGCUGGAAAGUUUGUUCUUAAGAUAUCAGCAGUCGACUUAGACGAAGGUCAAAAUGCGAUGUUGCGAUAUGGGAUCGAAAAUUCGAAUGGCAUGCUGUUCAUUGAUCGAUUUUCUGGCGAAAUAACGACUACUACGAAAACAAUGGACCGAGAAGCCGCCAGCAUUUACGACAUUUUAUGCUCCGCACAAGACUCGGGCGGUAAAAAGGGGUUUACGAUCGUGAGAAUAACCAUCCUUGACAAAAAUGACAUGAAACCUGUCUUCAGCCCCUUGAAGUAUGACUUUGAGGUCCAAGAAGGGCUUGGAAGCAGCGGGAAAAUUGUUGCUGCUGUGAAGGCGACCGAUGCGGACGAUGGAUCAAAUGCGAAACUGCUUUACAGGAUAAAAAGCGGAAAUUUUGGGAAUGCAUUUCACAUUCACCCAGAAACUGGUGUUGUUACCUCAAUAAAAGAACUUGAUCGGGAGCAAGAUGGUCUUAAACUUGAUGCAAAGUCUAGAGGGGUUUAUGAGCUGGCGAUUGAGGCAGUUGAUCAAGGCGACCCGAGUCUAGUAUCCACUACUCGUGCUCAGGUCAAUGUUUAUCUCCUUGACGUCAAUGACAACCAACCAGUAUUCCCUGCAAAUGGCUUCUCCGUGUUUAUAUCUGAAGGAGCUUUGGCAAAUCAAGAUAUUGUUAAGGCGACCGCUGUUGAUGUUGAUGCUUGGAAUAAUAGCGAAAUUCAUUAUGAAAUAAUCACGGGAAAUGAAGAAGGGGAUUUCAAGAUGAACAGUAAAAAUGCAAUGCUAAUGACUGCAAGGAAACUCGAAAGACAAAAAACAUUUGCUUACAACCUGACGAUCAAAGCCAGUGACUUGGGAUCCCCAUCGCUUGCGUCACAAACGCAGCUCAGAAUAACAAUUGGAGAUACAAAUGACAAUGCACCGGUGUUCAAAAAAAAGAACUACUCCGUCCAGGUGUCUGAGAACAUCUCUGUAAGCUCUGUGGUAGUAAAUAUUUCCGCAACUGAUGCUGAUACCGGACAGAACGCCAUCAUUCGGUACGAAAUUGUCGGUGGAAAUGAAGACGGAAGCUUUGCUGUUUCAAACAAGGAUGGUUUUGCAUCGCUCAUUGUGACAAGCAGAGUUGACAGAGAAAAGAAAGCUUCGUACCACUUAUCAGUCAUGGCUAUCGAUGGUGGGAUACCCUACAGCAGAAUGGCAAUUGCAUACGUCACAAUUGGUCUGUUAGAUGAAAAUGACAAUUCCCCUGUGUUUACGCAUACCAAAUAUACCGGAUCGAUAAAUGAGGGCGCGGCAGGCAACAUACCAGUUGCAAUGCCAAUAAGAAUUCAAGCCGCUGAUGCUGACGUUGGACUCAAUGCCGAGAUAUCAUAUACACUUGAAGGUCCUGACAGCAGCGCCUUCACAAUUGACGCGAGUGGGGUUCUUAAAACUACCCAAACAUCGAGUCAUUUGAUUGACUAUGAAAAGAAAACAAACUAUGAUUUCGCUGUAGUUGCCACUGACAGGCUAGGAAGUGGCCUAAAAGCUGUGGCUAAUGUAACAGUGUUAGUGACUGAUGUUAAUGACAACUAUCCGAUGUUCCUGACGACCCGAUAUUUUGCUAGCAUUAAAGAAUCUGUUGCCAUUGGACAAUCAGUCAUACAGCCAAAUGCAACAGAUCCGGAUUCGGGAUACUUUGGUUUCAUUUCAUAUCGAAUCAUUUCAGGGUCUGAUGGAAAAUUUACCAUUGACCCAACGACUGGGAUGAUCCGAACACAGGACGGAUUAGACCGGGAGCGCAAGGAGAUUUAUAUUUUAAACGUAUCCGCGUAUGAUGCAGGCCUACCCCCUAACGUUGCUUAUUGCUCUGUUUUCAUUAACAUUACGGAUGUUAAUGAUAAUACGCCAAUUUUUGAUAAAAUGGAUUAUGCAGUCAAUUUUGUAGAGACAGACGCUCUGGGAGCCUAUGUAACGAAAGUAAGAGCAACGGACCCAGAUUACGGGGAAGCUGGGAAAGUUACAUACAGCAUUAACAGUGCAGGAUUCCUCAUUGAUAGCCAGACAGGAGUUGUCAGAUCAAGGAAGGCUUUGGAUCGGGAGAUACAGGAUCGUUAUGAUAUCAUUGUCUCUGCAGUGGAUGGGGGCGGUAGAACCUCAAACGCUUCGUUGUCCAUAACUGUACUUGACAUCAAUGACAAUGUGCCACAGUUUCUUGUGUCCAGUCCACUGAUUAUCGAUGUUUUCGAAAAGACUCCGAAUAACUCAAUCUUGGCGAUUUUAGAGGCCAGAGACAAAGAUGUUGGAAGAAAUGGUAAAGUUGAGUACACAAUAAACGGCAGUGAUUUUGACAUAUUUUCGAUCGACAGGGAAAAAGGAAUUUUACGAUUAUCCAAGAACCUGGAUGUAGCAAAACUCACAAGUAAUGGCCUUCUCUCAAAUGGAACAAGUUUGUCUUUAAACAUAAUUGCAAUGGAUUAUGGGGAAAUAAGACGGUCGUCGUUGCUGGCUCUAAGGAUAAACAUAAUUGACAUUAAUGAAGAAAACCCAUACUUCAAUGCCACUUUAUACAAUGCGUUUGUAAUGGAAAAUAUCCCAGUUGGAAGUUCUGUUUUAAAGGUAGAGGCCAGAAAGAGCUCAUUAAGCAAAAGUUUAUCUUACGGAUUUGUGGGACAGCCGCUUGCUUACUUUGAUAUCAACCAAAAAACUGGAGAAAUUACAACUGUUAAUGAAAUAGACCGUGAAAAGAACAGCAAGUUCAUUUUGAAUGUGAAAGUUAAUGAUAACGAACUCCCGCCAAGGUUCGGUUACACGACGGUGGUAAUAACUGCUUUGGACAGCAAUGAUAAUGCUCCAGCAUUUGAUUUACCGGUGUAUAGAGCACAAGCAUCAGAAGGAUCAAACGUUGGUGACAUCUUCUAUACGGUAAAAGCAUCAGAUGCUGAUGCCGGAAAAAACUCGCUGAUCACCUACAGGCUAAAGCAUGCGGAUAUUGGCAGAAACGGAAGCAUGGUGCGACUUGAUUCUAUCUGCGUUAAUGCUUUGGGACUAGAAAGCCAGAAGAUAACUGCUAGUCAAAUGACGUCAUCAACGACACUCAUAGAAGAGAAUAAAGAUUUUUCACCGACCCAAGGAAGAUUCAACAGUGUUCAAUAUUUGAAAUCCGGCAUUCACUAUCAAGGGGCAUGGUGUGCUGGGCUUUCUGACACCUGGCAAUUCUUGCAGAUUGAUUUAGGGACAGUCACAAUUGUGACGAAAGUGGGACUACAAGGAAGUCCUGGAAAGAACAACUACGUCACUUCAUUCAGCCUGCUGCACAGCAACGAUGCAGAAUCCUGGAAAAAUACAUCAAAAGUGUAUCCAGGUGCAGAAAACAACUUGGACACUGUUAUCAGAGAUAUCAUUCCAGAAAUUCGUGCACGAUAUAUCAGAAUAAAUCCUCUUUCUUGGAAGAAUCGAAUAUGUUUGAGAGCCGAGCUCUAUGGUUGCGAGUCGGAUGAUGCGUUGAUAGUGCGGGUGCCAUUUGAGGUACACCCAAGAUCCGGAGCAAUUGCUGUUACAGAACAAAUGAAUCGGGAGGUCAAAGGAAAAUACCGUGUUGUCUUAGAAGCGAUCGAUAAUGGCGCUGUCCCUUUGAACACCAGCACGCUAUUAGAGGUAAUGGUACUAGAUGCUAAUGACAACGCCCCCGCAUUCGCUUCAAAUUUUUACCACGCAGUGGUACCAGAGAACUCGUUACCAGGCUACGAGGUCGCUACUGUUGUCGCAACGGAUGCUGAUGCUGGGAGAAACGCCGAAAUUUCAUACCGACUUAUAAAUGGAUUUUCUAGAUUUAUUAUUGAAACUUCUUCUGGCAUUGUUCGAGUCUCUGGUCACGUGGACUACGAGAAUCCUUUAGAGAGGCAAUUUACAAUUGAAAUUGUCGCAGAGGACUCUGGGAUUCCCAGUCUACGCUCAAAAGCCAUUCUCCUAGUCAACAUCACUGAUGUGAAUGACAACCCCCCUGUUUUCAACAGUAGUCUGGUUGAGGUCACGAUCUUUGAAGGAAUGAGCAUCGGAAUUGCUUUUGCUGUUGUUGUUGCAACAGACAGAGAUGUGGAGGAGAACUCUCAGAUUAAAUAUAAAGUUCUUGAAGGAACAGAUUAUUUCAGUGUAAACGUGUCGACUGGAGCUUUGCGUUGCUUGAGAGAGAUUGAUCGUGAGAAAGAUGCAAGUUUUAUCAUCAAACUCGAGGCAAGAGACAGCGGGAAGCCCUCUUUGCAUUCAACUGUCAAGGUUUCUGUAAUUGUGCUUGACAUCAAUGACAAUCCGCCGACAUUUGCGCAGCGGAAUUACGUAAGAGUGUUGUCAGAGGCAACAAACAUCGGAUCAGUUGUUGCUGUUGUUACUGCGACAGAUCCUGAUGCCGGGCAUAACGCUAGAAUCAGCUAUUCAACCAUUUCUACAAAUUACACAGGUGCAUUCCAAAUGGAUCCUCGUUCUGGUGAAAUCUCCUUGACUCAAAAACUUGACCGUGAACUGUUGAGUAUGAUUCAGUUCCAAGUCCUCGCACAGGAUAACGGGAAUCCACGAUUUAAUGACACAGCAAAUGUGACAUUCUUCAUAUCCGAUGAAAAUGACAACUCGCCCAUAAUUUAUCCCGACACCUUAACCGUCGACAUCAGAGAGGAUGUCCCAAAAAUGACAUUUGUCGUGAAAGUCAAUGCAACUGACAGAGACCAAGACGCAAACGCAGAAUUUCAAUUCUCUUUGGUACAUGGAGCCCAGGAUCUGUUUUCAAUUGACCCAAAAUCUGGUAUCAUUACCACAAGCGGACAACUCGACAGAGAACAAAGUGAUCAUUAUUCCGUGGUUGUGAUGGCAAGCGACAAAGGAAAAGUGCCGAUGCAUGGUUUUGCUACUGUGCGAAUUAAUCUUUUGGAUGUUAAUGACAACUCUCCAGCCUUUAUGCAGGUUUCGUCACCUCUGACUAUAUUUGAAAAUGUUCCAUCCGGUACAAUUAUUGGACGUAUCCGUGCCAUUGACAAGGAUAUUGGAGAAAAUGCAUACAUUGAAUACUUUCUUGCAGGAGAAAGUGGUGAUAAAUUUGCUAUCGAUAGGAAAAACGGUCUUAUAACAAGCUUAGUCCAGUUUGAUCGCGAGCAAAGGGAAUACUACAAUUUAAGUGUCAAUGCAAGCAACACACAAGCAAAAAUUAUCAAGAGCACGUUCAAAAUGUUUUUCCUGCGCGUUUUGGACACUAACGACAAUGCACCCGUCUUGCUUCCGUCAUCAAAAACUGGCAUCGUGUCAGAAGAUGCCCCGAUUGGAACAGAAAUACUGCAGCUGAGGGGAAUUGACCUUGAUUUGGGGUUGAAUGCAAAACUCGCUUUUAACAUUCUGUAUGCAAAGAGUGACCAAACAGCAGACUUUUUGGCAAUAAACUCACAGACUGGCGUCAUUUCAACGCGUCUUAGUAUCUUAAACAGAGAAACCAGAAACGUGACGGUUUACAUUGAAGUAAGUGACUUUGGAGAGCCACAUCGCCUGAACAGCACCGAGAGAUUAGUGGUUCAAAUUCGCGAUGUUAAUGACCAUCUUCCCGAGUUUACCAAAAGCAUCAUGAGGGCUUCUAUUACUGAAGGAAAGGAGAAUGGGACAUUCGUGACUCGUGUUGAAGCAUUUGAUAAAGAUGAAGGCUCUAAUACCGACAAUGUUUAUAUGAUUCUUUCUGGUAAUGAAAAAGGACACUUUAAAAUGGACACGGCAACUGGUGUCAUCAAAUCCAACCACUCAUUGGAUAGGGAGCACCUUUCCUCAUAUGUGUUGAAUAUAUCAGUUGCAAAUGUCAUCCAAAUCUACAACAGUAAAGGUCUGUCUCAGAAUUACAACACCGCAACGCUGGUAAUAAAUGUGACUGAUGUGAACGAUAAUGCGCCAUAUUUCACUCGAAGUGUUUUUACUGGAGGUGUGCCAUCAGGUGCGAAGAUUGGAACAUUCAUAAUGGAGGUUAAGGCAAAGGAUAAUGACUCUGGAAAGCAUGCUAAAGUGGUGUACUCUUUUGUUAACGGAAAUCAAGACCAAAACUUUCGAAUUGAUGUCAGGACGGGGAAAAUCUUUUCAAUGACAUCAUUGGUUCGGAAGUCUGGUCAGCGUUUUCAGCUUUCUGUCUCUGCCAGUGAUAACGAUGGAACGCCACCAUUUAAUUCCGUUUCCAAUUUGACAACGGCAAGGAUAUAUAUUUUACGAGAAUCACAAAGGGUCUGGUUGGUCUUAGGAGUCUCGUCAAAAUAUAUAGAAGAAGAAAAGGCAGACUUGAUGGGGUUUCUUGGAAACAUGACACAGAGCAAAGUUUACAUAGAAUCGGUGCUUGACGUGAAAACUCCAGAUGGCACACCCAGAUCUGAGAUUGUGUUCCAUGCAGUGGACGAAAGAUUGGGCAUCAUUCACGAAGCCGACUUUGUCAUUAAAAAGAUCGAGGCGAAUUUGCAAUAUUACCAAGAUCAGUCAAGGCAAUGGAAAAUAAGGAAUGUGUCGCCUGCAACGUCACAGCAAAUCAGACAAGAAUCGAUUGAGACCCACGUUGUUGUGAUAAUUGUUGUUGGUGUUGUGAUUGGGUUGUUGUUGCUUUUUGCACUGGCAAUGUUUAUAAGAAUGCGGAGAAUGAGUAUUUUGUCGAGAGUCUCUGCCGAUGAUCCUUUGUCACAGUACUCCAAAGAGUCAAGAAAGAGACGAAAACGAGCCAAACAUUUCAGUGACGACACGUUAGGAUGGAUCAAUCACUAUGGAGACUGGUGGAAGCAUGAUGCUCAAGAAAAAUCAAAAAGAACAAGCAAAAGAGGCUCUUCAGACAACGAAUACGUCGAAAGAAAAAUUGGCUUAUUAAAGCAAGGAGCAUUGAGUAAAAGAAAUCGAGCUCUUGUCAUCGAAGAGAACGAAAAGCGAUUUGGCUCUGCAACUGUGCUUUCGACAACAGUUGGUAAGUUGGACGGAAGUGACAGCGAGGCAUCUUCAAAAAGGUCAAGGAAGCAGAGCAGUAGCAUGGAAAAGGCUUCACCCGAAAGUGCUAAAGCCGAGAGUGGCUACGACGAAGUGACAACAUUAUAGACUACGUAAAAAGGCUGCUUAAAAUAAUCAUGUUUUUUUUAGUUUUUAGCAAAUCCUCGCACUUCUUAAUAGAUUUUAAUUUAAUUACAGACCAAUUUUUAUGUUUUAUUGAUGUCGACACUUUAUGUCGUAAACGCUUAUUAAUUUUUAGUUGCUUGCAAAAAAUGUUCAUCUGAAAUUUGAUUUUGGCUAAAGAACGUUUGUUUUCAUUUCAUCGGAGCAUUUGAUCUUUCAUGCCUUUGACCUCCAAUCUUGAAGAUUAUACCUGCUUCUCGUCUUGUUUCGUCGAAAAUUCAUUAUAAAAAACUGGUGACUUUUCCGUGUUGUUAAAUGGUGAUGUCAGCUCUUUUUGCCGAUUAUUGUUCAUGUUUGGCAAAGGAAUCAAUAAUAAUGUUUACUAUUUUUAAACUCUUUUUAGUUUUCAGUUUCCAUUUUCGGCCUGAUCUGGCGGCUCUUUCAACACAAAACCCCUGAAUUUCACACCCCUGUGAAUUGAAAUUUUUUAUCUAAAAUAGCCUUUUUUGUCUCCAAUUCUCAGAUGCAGUUCUCGGGUUAAAUUUAUUAGUUGGGUUACUAAGUGUUUACGUUGAUUUCUGAGAUCGUUGUCAUUGAUUUGUUUUCACUGGUUUAAGUAGCAAAAAUAACUAUAAGCACGUUGCAGAUCAAAUAAAUAAUAGCUCAUUAUUACAUUGAUCAUUCUCACACCGCUGAAAAUCGCUUAUGCUUAUUCCCAUUUGAGAUAUUUUACAAGAUAGGUACAGUCCUCUGAUCGUAUUAACCAGAACUCAUAAGGAUCAUUGACUUUUGUUGUGGAACUGCAUUGACAACUACAAGUAUAUUGACAGCAUUAUCAUUAAUUUAGUCAUUUAACCAAAAUAAAUAAAUUGUUGUCGGUUUUGUUUACCAUCUUUAGAGUUCCCCUUCGCAAUCUGUUUUUGCUUCAGGUUUCGAACAUUUCUGAGUGUAUUGUAUCUAGUUACCUCGGUGUCUUUUCUUAGAGGCUGGUAAGUUCUUAUGUUGGGGGUUGGGCCCAGAAAUCCCUGACAUAAAGCCUCUUCAACACUUUAACAGAAUUUGCUUACUAAUUGCAAAGCCCAUGAAAUAUGGCACUCAGAAGGACCAACAAAAAUGGAUUUUUUUUAAUGCUUCUUGAGUAAAUGCUCCAGAUUGGUUGUAAAGCCUUUAGGAGUUACAAUUGAAGAUAACGUUAGCGCCAUGUGCAAUCUAUGCCCUCCUUGGCAUGCACAUACUAUUUUAAGGAAAGUUUUAUAUUUGGAUGAGCACUUAGCUAAUUGAUUCAAGAAAUUCAUAAAUUUCCC